AUGGAUGAUUCUAUGAUGGAAGACUCGGUUUUUGAGGAUGACGGAGGUAGCUCUGACUUUGCUCCUGAGCCUGCACCGAAACCCAAACCCAAGGCGGCUCCUAAGAAAGCUGCAACCGCCAAGCCAGCUGCUAAAAAGACCACACAGACCACCCUAAAGGUCAAGCCAGCUGCAAAGCCAGCUGCUAAAAAAAAGGCCAAGGCCGAUAGCGAGGACGAACUGUCCGAUAUCCAAAUGUCCGAUGAUGAUUCUCUGCUCUCCCACACCCCUCCUAAGGCUAAGAAAGCAACUGCGCCCAAGAGAGCUGGCUCAAAGCCGCUCGCCGACGUCGAAAAUGAGUCCCACGGAGGAGACGCUGCUGCCGAUGGCGCGAGCAAGAGUGGAAAUGCAUCAGAGAAGUACCAGAAACUCACCCAACUUGAACACAUUAUCAAACGUCCCGAUACCUACAUUGGAUCCACCGAACGCACCACACAGCAGAUGUGGGUGUACAACUCCGGAACUGAGUUGAUGGAGUACCGCGAUGUAUCUUUCGUUCCCGGUCUCUAUAAGAUAUUUGACGAGAUUGUCGUCAACGCCGCCGAUAACAAGCACAACGACAAGAACAUGAACGAGAUGCGAAUCACAGUUGACCGCGAGGCCGGCGAAAUCAGCGUGUGGAACAAUGGACGGGGUAUCCCUAUCGAGAUUCACUCAAAAGAGAAGAUAUACGUGCCCGAACUUAUCUUCGGCCAUCUACUCACUUCCUCCAACUACGAUGACAGCCAACAGAAGGUGACUGGAGGCCGCAACGGCUUCGGAGCCAAGCUCUGUAACGUUUUCUCGACAGAGUUUACCCUUGAGACUCAGGACUCUCGUCAGAAGAAGAAGUACAAGCAGACCUGGACCGAGAACAUGACGAAAAUGGGCAAGGCAAAAAUCACAGAUGCCAAGGGUGAUGACUACACUAAGGUCACUUUCAAGCCAGACUUUGCCAAAUUCGGCAUGGAUGGCAUCGACGAUGACUUCGAAGCCCUUGUGAAGCGCAGAGUCUACGAUUUGGCGGGUACCGCUGACGUUGCUGUCAAACUAAACGGCACGCGUGUCUCUGUUCGCAACUUCCGAAAGUACAUGGAAAUGUACACCAAAGCCAUUCGCAAGGAGCGUGGUGAUGAUGGCCCUCCCUCAAAGGAUGAAAUUAUUACAUGUAGCCCAGAUCCCCGAUGGGAGAUCGGAUUCGCUGUUUCGGAUGGUUCGUUCCAACAAGUCUCAUUUGUCAACUCGAUCGCGACAACCUCGGGUGGAACGCACGUCAACUACAUCGCCGAUCAGAUCUGUACCCGCUUGGCUGAUCAGGUGAAGAAGAAGAACAAAUCCGGAGCAACUCUGAAGUCCGCGCAGAUUCGGAACCACAUCUUCAUUUUUGUAAAGGCCCUGAUUGUCAACCCGGCUUUCACCUCUCAGACCAAGGAACAGUUGACUACAAAGGCCAGCCAAUUUGGAAGCAAGUGUUCGCUUGAUGAAGAUUUCUACAAGAAAGUCCUGAAGACCGAGGUCAUGUCCAAUAUUCUGCACUUCGCGGAACAAAAAGCCGAUCAGAUUUUGAAAAAGGGUGAUACCGGCCGACGGACGCGUAUGAAUAACCCGAAAUUGGUUGAUGCCAACAAAGCUGGUACCAGAGAUGGUCACCACUGCACACUGAUUUUGACUGAAGGUGAAUCAGCCAAGGGAUUGGCCAUGGCUGGCAGAGCAGUCGUUGGACCAGACUUGUUCGGUGUUUUCCCCCUGCGUGGAAAACUUCUUAAUGUCCGUGAUGCUUCCUUUGACCAAAUUUCGAAAAAUGUGGAAAUCCAAAGCAUCAAGAACUUCAUUGGCUUGCAGCACAAGAAGGAGUACACAGAAACCAAGGGGCUGCGAUACGGUCAUCUUAUGAUCAUGACUGAUCAGGAUCACGACGGUAGUCACAUCAAGGGUUUGCUCAUCAAUUUCCUUCAAGCCCAGUUCCCCAGCUUGCUCAAGAUUCCCGAAUUUCUUAUUGAGUUCAUCACUCCCAUCAUCAAGGUUUGGAAGGGUGACCCGAAAAACCCGACCAAGCACAAGUCGUUCUUUACCAUGCCCGAAUAUGAUGAAUGGCGUGAAGCUCACAAGCACGAACGUGGCUGGGAUCAUAAGUACUACAAGGGUUUGGGAACUAGCACCACGGAAGAUGCACAGGUCUAUUUCCGCGACCUCGAUCGUCAUCUGAAGGAGUUCCACACCAUGCAAGACGGUGAAGCGGGGCUCAUCGAGCUAGCUUUCUCCAAAAAGAAAGCAGACGAGCGGAAAGAGUGGCUUCGUCAAUACAAACCUGGCACAUAUCUGGACCAUUCAGUGGCGAAGAUCACAUACACCGACUUCAUCAACAAGGAGCUUAUUUUGUUCAGUAUGGCGGAUAACCAACGUUCGAUUCCUUCCGUUGUCGAUGGUUUGAAGCCAGGUCAACGCAAGGUGCUACACACCUGUUUUCGCCGCAACCUGAAAAAGGACAUGAAGGUGGUUGAGCUGGCAGGUCAUGUAUCCGGAAUGACAGCCUACCACCACGGUGAUGUCUCUCUUCAGCAGACUAUCAUUAGUCUUGCCCAAACCUUUGUUGGGUCCAACAAUAUCAACUGCCUGGAGCCCAGUGGGAAUUUCGGUAGUCGACUGCACGGUGGAGGCGAUGCUGCCAGCGCUCGUUACAUCUACACGCGCUUGUCUCCCUUUGCACGCAAGAUUUUCCAUGUAGCUGACGAACCACUGCUGGUAUAUAACGAAGACGACGGAAAAAAGAUUGAGCCCGAGGUCUUUAUACCUACCGUCCCAAUGAUUUUGAUCAACGGCGCGGAUGGUAUCGGAACUGGUUGGAGUUCUUCCAUCCCCAACUACAAUCCCGAGGAUGUUGUUAACAACCUCAAACGCCUGAUGGUUGGCGAGCCUACUCAGCCGAUGCAGCCUUGGUUCCGCGGGUUCACCGGUGAGGUUGUGGCCAUUGGUGGGGAUCGAUUCAAAUUCAGCGGUAUCAUCAGGGAAUGUGGCGACAAGGAGGUCGAAAUUACUGAAUUGCCUCUACGAACCUGGACACAAGAUUUCAAGGACAAGUUGGAGGAUAUUAUCAAAGCUGAGAAGGUGCCAUCCUUCAUCAAGGAUUAUAAGGAUUACAACACCCACACCAAGGUCCACUUUAUCAUCCAACUCGAUGAGAAACACAUGAAGGUUGCCCUGACUGAAGGCUUGGAAGAAAAAUUCAAACUGACUAAGACGAUUGGAACUACCAAUCUGGUGGCCUUCGAUCCCGAGGGCCGUAUCACCAAGUACGCCUCUGUCGAUGACAUUCUUAAGGAGUUCUUUGUCUUCCGUCUCAAAUAUUAUGAGCGACGCAAGCAAUUCCAGCUCUCCGAUCUACAGAGAGAGCUAGAGAAGCUGAGCAACCAAGCUCGUUUCGUGCAGAUGAUUAUCGAUGGCAAAUUGGUCAUCUCUAAAAAGAAAAAGCCCGUUCUAAUCACUGAGCUCAAGGAAAAAGGCUUCAAGCCAAUCACCAAGGUGGCUGAGGCGGCCAAGAUGGGCGAAGAUGAGCCUGUAGUAGAAGAAGGCGAAGAAGAAUCGGAUGACGCUGGCGCCGAAAUACUAUCCAGUUCAUUUGACUACCUUCUGGGCAUGCCUAUGUGGUCGCUGACCCAGGAGCGGGUGGAGAAGCUCCGGCGCCAGAUCGGCGAGAAGGAAGAAGAGAUCGAUGUCUUGAUUAAGUUGUCCAAGGAGGAAAUCUGGACCCGUGAUCUGGAUGAUUUCAUCAACGAGUGGCGCUUCCAGCUCGAAGAUGAGGAACGUCGAGCCCGCAAGGUGGCCAGCUUGGGGCGUCGUGUCUCGGCCAAGCUGGCCACGGGUGGUGGCCGCGCCGCAGCUUCGCGCAAGCGUAAGGCUGCUAACGGCGAUGAUCCAGACGAUGAAGACUUCGGGGGUCCCAAGACGAAAAAGGCCACUGCGGCCAAGAGAAAAGAGCAGCCCAAAAACAGCUUGAUGAAUUUCCUCAAUCAAUCUUCGAGCAAACCAACUCCGUCGCCUGCAGCAGAUGGAAUUGCCGACUCAGAUGAUGAAUUCAACAUGGACAUGGAGAUACUUCCAAAGAAGAGUCGUGCUACCGCAAAGCUCAAGGCUCUGCCUAAAGAAGAGGAUGACUUCAUAGACAUCGACGACAUUCCCAAAACUUCGCGCGCAUCAGCUCAGCCCGCUGAUGACACGAUGGAACUUGAUGUGGAUGAGGCGCAAAAGCCCAAACCAGCAGCCAAGGCAGCGACCAAACCGGUGGCUAAACGAGGACCUAAGCCCAAGCCGAAGGCCGAAGAGGACUCGGAUGAUGAUUUCUUGGAGAUUGCUAAGUCCGAGGCAUCCAAGCCCGUAGUGUCUUCUCGUGCCCGCAAGCCUGUAAAGUACUCCGCGCCUAGCGACUCUGAGAGUGACAAUGGCGAUGAUCUUCUUGGGGACGUUAGCAUGAUGGUCAAAGGCAUUGGCGGUGACUCAGCCGCCGAUUCUCGACAACUCUUCUCGGAGCGUCCUCGUUCGGAAAGCAGUGCUAGUGUGAAGCCUGCCGCGAAAUCUUCCAAGGUCAACGAUGAUUUUGAUCCGGAUGAGACUGAUUACAGCAAGCUCAUUCCUCAAAACUCCCCACGGCGCUCUAUCCAAGUAAAACCCAAGGAUGUCAAGCUUGACAACAAUGAUGAAGAUGAUGAAGAGGACCAGCCAGUCAAACCAAGUGCUCGGGCCAAGGCUGCUCCCAAAGCCAAGGCUGCUUCCAAGGCUGUAGAGCUCGAUGAUGAUGACGAGGAGGACGAGCCGAUUAAGCCAACUGCUCGGGGUAAAGCCGCACCGAAGGCCAAGGCCGCCCCGAAGGCGGUCACUGCCACGGCAACAAAGGCCCGUGGUCGCCCCAAGAAAGAGCCAGCUCCCAAGCCCGCCUCCAAGCCUGCUCCCCCGGCUUUAUCUCCGGCGGCCAAGGCCUAUGCUUCAAAGCAAGCCAAGACAAGCAAGAAGAUUGCAGAUGAAUAUUCAGAGGAUGACAUCGACGCAAUGGCCAACGACAUUUUGGAUUCCCCAGCAGGCAAAAGGAGUGUGGAUAUUUCGGAGGACGAUGAAGAGCCUGCUCCUGCCCCUCGCCGCGCUGCUGCAGGCCGUCCGGCUCGUCGUGGUGCCACACAGCUGAAGAAGUCCUAUGUCAUUGAGGAUGACAGCGAUGAAGAAGCAUCCGCCGAUGACUUUGACGAUGAAGAUGAGAGUGACUAA